GACCAACGAAGGCGGGGAGGAAAAGCAGGUCGGGCGCGCGCCUGCCCAUUCAACUUCCUCUUCGCGCCUGUCAGUCUCGGUGAUUUCGGAAAAGCAGCUAUGGAAAAAUGGAGCUUAAUGACAAUUACUGCAUUACUAGGCCUUCUUGUCCGUUGGACUGUGUCCCUUGGUUCUUACUCAGGUGCAGGAAAACCACCUAUGUAUGGAGACUACGAAGCUCAAAGACAUUGGCAAGAAGUUACCUACAAUCUGCCAGUCAAACAGUGGUACUUCAACACCAGUGACAAUAAUUUGCAAUACUGGGGCCUUGACUAUCCGCCUCUUACUGCUUAUCACAGUCUUCUGUGUGCUUAUGUAGCGAAGUUAAUCAAUCCAGAUUGGAUUGCUCUGCACACAUCUCGUGGGUAUGAGAGUCAGCCACAUAAGCUAUUCAUGCGGGCAACAGGAGUCCAGUUUUACCAUCCUGCAGGCAGGGGAAAACGAGUGGAAAAGGAAGACCAAAGUGAGAGACAUAUUGACUGUGUCCUUGUUCAGCACCUUAAAGCAUUUAAAAAAGCAGGGAUGGGGAGCUUUUUUCAGCUGCAUUUAGGUUUCAAGGGCCAGACGUGGGCAGAGCAAAAGUGGGAAAGUUAUGAAGUUUUUGUUGCUGAUAUGCUAGUUUACAUACCUGCAGUAAUCUUGUACUGUUGUUAUUUAAAAGAGACUUCAGCUAAGAGGAAGAUUUCUAGUGCUCUCUGCAUACUGCUUUAUCCGGGACUCAUUCUGAUUGAUUAUGGACAUUUUCAAUAUAAUUCCGUGAGCCUUGGCUUUGCUUUGUGGGGAGUGCUUUGCCUGUCUUACGAUUUGGACCUCUUGGGCUCAAUAGCAUUCUGCUUGGCUCUAAACUACAAACAAAUGGAGCUGUACCAUUCAUUGCCCUUCUUCAGCUAUCUCUUGGGAAAGUGCUUCAAAAAAGGCCUGGUGGGGAAGGGGCUGUUACUGUUAAUGAAACUGGGGUUUACCGUAGGUGUUUCUUUUGCUCUCUGUUGGCUCCCGUUUUGCACAGACGUUGAACAAAUUUUGCAAGUGCUCAGAAGGCUCUUCCCAGUUGAUCGAGGUUUGUUCGAGGAUAAAGUGGCCAAUGUUUGGUGCACCAUAAGUGUUUUUUUCAAAGUAAAGGCAGUGCUGUCAGCAGAAACUCAACUUAAACUAAGCUUUGCCUUAACAUUCCUGACUGCACUUCCCAGUUGCAUAAAACUAACUCUGCAGCCUUCUAUCAAAGGAUUUAAAUAUGCUUUGGUUAGCUGUGCAUUAUCCUUCUUCCUGUUCUCAUUCCAAGUGCAUGAAAAAUCUAUUCUUCUAGUUUCAAUACCCGUCUGCUUAGUUAUACAUGAAAUUCCUUUUAUGUCUACAUGGUUUCUACUCGUUUCAACCUUCAGCAUGCUCCCCCUUCUCCUGAAGGAUGGCCUGCUCCUGCCAUAUAUUGUGACAACACUGGCCUUUCUCACAGUGUGUGCAACUUCUUUCUCAAUAUUUGAAAAUACUUCUGAAGACGAUAUGCAGCUAAAGCUUUUCCCCACUUCCAUUAGGCGAUGCAUGCCAUGGUUCAGAACAUUCUCAAAGGUUAUUAGGAGUUCAUUCCUUGUCUCAAUAACUCUGAUGGGCAUCCUGACUUUAAUGAGUGCUACAUUGGAUCCUCCACAAAGGCUACCAGAUUUAUUUCCUCUAGCUGUCUCUGCUGUAUCCUGCUUGCACUUUCUAUUCUUCUUGCUAUAUUUUAAUGUCAUUGCAAUAUGGGAAUCAAGAGAUAGCCGAAAUCAGAAAAAAACCAAUUAGGUCAAAGUGCCAACCCGCAAAACUAAUGACUAAAGCGAGGGGAAACCUUUUAAUAUUUUCAUAGAACUAUGUCUUAAAUCAUAUGUAAUGUGAGGUAUAAAUUGCUUUCUUAUUUUAUGUAUUUGCUGGGGAAAGCCACACAAAAAUGUUUACAUGUCAAUUUGUGCUGUUUCAGGAAUGUGAAUAGCCAUUAUUAAGGGAGGUUUGAAAUGGACUCUUUGUAUGCAAUAAAAGGGAAACAUCAUACUUGAUUAUUUGUUGAAGAUGGAAAGCUACUGGUACCUUGAAAACAAUUAAGUAAUAUUUUGGCCACCUUUACUGGCUUAUUUUGAAUAAAAUUUCCAAAUUAA